CAACGGCAGCGGCGACGCGUUUGUCACAACACGUUCAAACCCCUCUCCUCCCACGCUCGUGCUUUCUCUCCUUCCUGAGAAGUGUUGUUUGCCUCAUCAGUCGCCGGAACGAAACAUACCCUCCGCACUCAAACCUCUGCGAACACUGCGAACACCGACCGUCGUUACCUGAGUCCCACGCGAAGACCAUGCCCAAAAGAGCCAAUUCUCCAACCUCCAUCUACACAAACCUGCGAGAAGACAUCAGUAGCGAAGACGAAGAUGGCGGAGUUCCAAGCUCACCGCCCGCGAACUCCAACGCCAACAGCAACAGAAGCAGCGCCAAUCACGCUACCACUCGUCAGCCAAACGGCAUAACCAGCGCCACUGCCCGCAGCGUGUCGAUAGCCGGCGAAAACGAAGGCCUGUUACGACAACGUCCCAAUGGUGCGAGCAACACCAACUCACCGGAUAUUAGCCCCUCGGCCUCUGCCUCAUCCUCUCGAGUCGGAUCGGCAUCUGAUCUUUCGUCCGCAGUAGUAACACCCGGAGGAACGCGACACCCAACACUGUUGCGGAAAAUGUCGAGCUAUUCGCUGUCAGCUAUUCGCAACAUGAAGCGACGCGUAUCGCUCACACCAACGUCGAGGGAGAACGGGAUAGUGCUCAUCGUGGGGUUCAUCCUGGCGACGAUAGUGAUGUACCUCGUGUGGGAAUCGUUUGGGGCUAAACAUGUGGUGUAUAGGGUGGUGAGGGGGAAGGAUCGGGUGCUGUGGAGGCAGAAAGAAUGUGGUGGAGACGAUAAUCCUUGUGAAAAUGAAGGGGAGACAUGAGAACCGCUCCAGAGCCGGAAUGCGGCAAGCCUUUUUUGGGUGUUUUUUGGGAAUCAAAAUAUCGAGCAUCAUACAAUGUGAA